AUGCCUCGCAGAUACCCCGAGACUUCGGGCUCGAAGAAGCCCAUGAAGGCAAAGAACCAAGAGCGGGCGUAUAUCGCCGCCUCCAGACGAUCAGACCGAAGCCUCGAAGCUCGCGUUGCAUCCGCACGCCUUGCUUCCGAGAUACACAAGAAACGUACAGGAAAGGGAUUCAAGAUCACAGAGGAGAUCGUCUCCAAGGAGGAGAUGUACGAGGAGGAGGAGGAUGAUAUUCCCAUGAGCAUCCGCGCCAGCUUGGGUUCUCUUCACACUAGCUCAGCACAUUUCAAUGCCCGGAUGGACGCCUACGUUGCGAAGCACAUGGGCAUGGCACAGAUGGCAAGGGAGCUCGAGAUUGGCCAACAGUUUGAGCAACACUUCCCCGGCUUCAGCAGCAUGAACUCUAGGGCGCGGAUGAUGCAGCAGCAGCAGCAUAUGCAACAACAAGCUCAAUACCACCAAGGUGGUCAGUCUCAACAGCAGAUGAUGCCUCAAACUACUCGACACCUCUCUUUCGCACAGCAUGAUAUGCCAAGCCGCGACUUCUCCCAGUCGCCCACUUCAACUUCUGAUGCUCACUCCCAGUUCCAGUCACCAGUGGCACGGACCACGACUCUGAGCGAGGCUUCUUGUAGUCCACAGGCAGCUUAUGUGCGCCGUCACACUGUCGCUGCUGACGGCAUGGAUAACUCCACGGACUUGGAUAGCAUGAGGAUGAUGGGCUGUCAGCGGCACAACUCAAACGAAACCGUUUCCACGCCCGCCUUGACGACAGCCUCGGGAGGAGAGUCGCCACAGGCCCAUCUGCAAACGCCCGAAAUGAACGUUGCCAACCCCUAUAUGACAACGGAUAGCCUUCGUCCCAUGGUCCCAACAGCACCUAUAGUCAAUGGUAACUCGGUCUUCACUUCCCAGCUUCCUGCCAAUGUAGAGCAGAUGCUUUCAGGUCCUUGGGUAGACUACAACAUGACGUACCGUCAGUCAUCAGUCGAGGCAUCAAACUCGCCUUUGACAGCACACCAUGGGGACCAAGACAUGGACCAGCUACCGGAGUGGCUUCAGACGGGCCCGGAUCAGAAGACGCACCAUAGCUACUUCAACACCACGAGUGCGGAGGCUCAUGGCUGUUCCGACGCUUUUGCAAGCCCGAUUGGUGUGAACCACAUGUUCCAAGGGGAUGGAACCUUUGGUGUCACCGAUGGACUCGGCGAGGAAGUCAACUACAGCCUCGAAGAUAUGGACAUGGACCAGUACUUCAACUUUGAGUCGUUCAAUACGAUACCGACGCAGCCUCAGUCCUGA